AAAAGCUAUUUUCGAAAUAUUUCUGGUUUAUCUUAGACUUUAUUAAUUAUUGUUAAGACUGAAUUCGUACGUUCCACAUUUUCUUCGUUGUUAUAAACAAGAUGGCGACCAAGGUUGCUCGCUCGGACCAGUACAUUGGAGAAACUAAUAAACAGAUUAGGAACGGUUUUGGUGUUUACAAUUAUUCCAACAAAUUUUUCCGUUAUGAGGGAGAAUGGCAAGGUGGAUUGAAGCAUGGCCAUGGUAAGCUUUUGUUAGGGGAUGGCAGUUACUAUGAGGGAGAAUUCACUGAAGGAGAAAUCACUGGCCAUGGCUUCAAAUACACUUCAUGUAAUGGCAAUAAAUAUUCUGGACAAUUUGUGCAAGGAGAGAUGCAUGGUCAGGGCAUCAUGGAAUAUGGCAACAACUCACGUUAUGAAGGAGAGUGGGUUAGAAACAGGAGAGUUGGUUAUGGUUCACUGACAGAUGCCAGGAACAACCUCUACCAAGGAAUCUUCUAUGAGAACAAGAGACAUGGAGAGGGAACACAGACUUAUGAGAAUGGCGAUGAAUAUACAGGAGACUGGGUCCAGGAUAAAAGACAAGGUCAUGGAGAACUUAAAUGUCAAGACAGCACUGUGUAUGAGGGUCAAUGGAGGAAUGAUAUGUUUAACGGGCAAGGCACUAUGAUUCACUCAUCAGGGAUGUGCUAUGAAGGGAUGUGGAUCAACAACAAACCUGCUACCGUGGCAACAAAACUAGUCAUCAACAUAGGGGAGGAACCAUUAGAACUUGCCCAAGGGGAGAAGUUUUCUAUAGAAGUAGCUUGUGUCAAUGAUGAUGGAGAACUCAUUGAAGAUAUGGGAAGAGAGUUGAAGGUGAUAGCUGGAUUUAGAUACUACGCUCCUAAGGAAGGUUCUUCACUGUUUGAAGCUAUAGAAGAGAUAGCAGAAGAUGAUCCAAUUCCAACACCUUAUGGCUAUGACAUAGUGCCCUACCCCCUGACAGAUGCCAUAGGAGAGGAGCCUCUGGGUAUGUCUAAGUCUAAUACUGUACUUACUGCACCAGUUAUACAAGAGAAUGCUGAAGAAGAGGAACAUGUUGAACUGAGAACGGAAAAUUCCAUUCUUAAAAUGGAAAAUUCCACUCUAAGAUCACAGAAUCAGACUGAGGAUGAAAAGUUAGAUGCAGAAAAAGAUGAGAAUGAGGCUGAACACGAGACAGAAGAGAAUGCAACAAAAACAGAUGAAGCCUCACCUCUGGAGGAGAUUAAGGAAACUAAGAUGGAUAAACUUGACAGAGAGAAGACUGAGUUGAAUAAUAAUGAGCGUGAAGUUGACAUACCAUUAGAAACACCACAAGUCCCUCCUAUGACCACGCAGCGCACAGUCAGUGGCAAGGUAGUCUGGGAAGACAUCAUUUUAGCUCCUCCCCCUCCAAUGUAUCGACCAUUUGCAAUCAUGGAAGAGGAGAAAAAGGAAGAACUUGACAAGAAAGGGAAAAAGAAAAAAGAGAAAAAGAAAACGGAAAGUGACACAGAUGAGAGUAGCAGACCUAACACACGCACUACCAAAAAGGAAAAAUCAACCGUUAGUGUUGCAUCUACUGUUGAUGAGAAAGUUGUACAAUUAGGUGAAUAUGUAAUAAUGGUGUCAGAUACAACCAAUCCCCCUUUUCUUGGAGUUACCUUAGAGACUGCUUUUGCCUUGGUCAAAGUGGAGAAGAAGAAAAGAAAGAAAUCUAAACCAAAGAAAGUUACUCCAGCAUGGGAUACAGGGAUACACAUUGCCAAGUCAAUGAGG